GGUUUGACUGCAGCACUCUAUGGUAUUUCUGUAAGAUCGGAAAUCUCAGAUAAUUAUAACAACUUGAUCAGGACCGAGUCUCAGCGAAUGAUGAGAUGACUGUAGAGAUGAAAGAUACAAACACACAACAACCACUGCAGCAUACAGGAAGUAAGCAUGUGUUGAACAUAUUAGUAACAGUGUGUUUGGAGCUGCUGUGUGUUCUUCUACUGACUGCAGUCAUAGUGGUGCGUGUCCUGAUCUAUACAAACAAUCAGUGUCACAUCGAGAGCAAAAAUAUCAGAGAAGAGAGAGACCAGCUACUAACCGAAUAUACCAACAUCACAGAAGAGAGAGAACAGCUACUAACCAACAAUACCAACCUAACUAAACAAAAUGCAAAGUUAAGUCAUGAGAACAUAAAUCUGUGGAAAUGUUUUAAUGAAAAAGAUGGUUGGAAAUAUUACCGGUUCAGUUACUACUACAUUUCAUCUGAGAUGAAAAACUGGAAUGAGAGCAGAAGAUACUGUAGAGAGAGAGGAGCAGAUCUGAUCAUCAUUAACAACAAAGAGGAACAAGAUUUUAUUAAGAAGACAAUGUCUAGUCCUGUGAGAUUCUGGAUUGGUUUGACUGACAUUGAAGUUGAGGGCAGAUGGAAAUGGGUUGAUGGCAGCACACUGACCACAAGAUUUUGGGUGACACCACAGCCUGAUGGCAAAAGAAAUGCGAACUGUGUUCUGUCCACUUCAUCAGGAUGGUUUGAUUAUCAAUGUUCUUAUUCAACAAAAUGGAUCUGUGAGAAGAACAAAAUGUAAACGACUAUUAUAUGCAAUACAUGUUUAUUCAGGACAUUUUAAACAUCCCAAAGGGGUUUAUAUUGAAAGU